GGUUUGAAUUACUGGUGGUAGAUUACCCGCUAUAUCUUGCGACUGCUCCGCAACAAGUAGCAUCAAUCUCAUUAAUCCUUAUUCCUUAAAUUUUCAGUUCAAAGAUUCAUAAAUUUCUGUAUCAGAUACUCAAAAAUGGACUCCGUUGCCAAAGAAGUGGAAAGUGAGCUUCUCCCCUUCCUCAGGGUUUACAAGGAUGGAUCGGUAGAACGAUUAAUAGGGUCUCCAAUCGUGCCCGCAUCAAUUGAAGACCCAGAAACUGGAGUCUCAUCAAAAGACAUCACCAUUUCACAAGACCCUCCAAUCUCAGCGAGACUCUACCUUCCAAAGUUCACUGAACCUAACCAGAAACUAGCUGUCUUGUUCUACUGCCAUGGCGGAGGCUUUUGCAUUGAGUCUGCCUUCUCCUUGACCGAAACCAAAUACAUGAAUAGCUUGGUUUCUCUAGCUAAAGUUGUUGCAAUCUCGGUAGAGUACAGGCUUGCCCCUGAACAUCCACUUUCUGUCGUUUAUGAAGAUUGUUGGGUAGCUCUUCAGUGGGUUGCAAUGCAUUCUGACAAGAAUGAAUUGGAGAAUAAAGAUCCAUGGAUAUUUAAUCAUGGCGAUUUUAGUCGACUCUUUAUAGGCGGAGAUAGCGCAGGAGCUAAUAUUGCUCAUAACAUGGUCAUGAAAGUUGGCAGUGAAGGCUUGAAAAGUGACAUUAAGCUUUUAGGUGCUUAUCUCACACAUCCUUACUUCUGGGGCUCAAAAGCAGUAGGAUCAGAAUCGACUAUCGAGCGUGAGCAGCAUUUGCCGUAUAGAGUUUGGUCAUUUCUGUAUCCAUCAGCACCUGGUGGUAUUGACAAUUCAAUGAUAAAUCCUGUGGCUCCAGGAGCUCCAAGCUUGGCAGGACUUGGAGGUUCUAGGUUGCUGAUCAGUGUUGCCGAGAAGGAUGAGCUGAGAGAGAGGGGAAUUUUGUACUAUAAUGUAGUGAAAGAAAGUGGCUGGAAAGGAGAAAUACAACUGAUUGAAGUGGAAGGCGAAGAUCAUGCGUUCCACAUCUUGAACUUUGAAACAGAGAAAGCCAAGAACUUGAUCAAACGCUUGGCUUCUUUUCUUCUUAACUGAAGUGAGAUUGAUUUUCUUUUUUCUUAUCUCUUUCCUUCGCUGAAAUGAAAAAUGUUCCUUAUUUUAUGGCUGCUUGAAGGAAAAAAGAAACCAAAUAAAAGAUGUUAUAGAAUCUGGUC